GCUUGCAUACAGAGAGCUCAUGUGAUCCAUCACAUGACAGCAGAUCUGCAGAAAGGCGGAAUGGGACUCCAAGGCUGCCUUCUAGGGCUCCUUGCCCUCAUCGUCACUGGCAAAUGCAGUUACAGCCCGGAACCUGAUCAGCAGUGGACGUUGCCCCCAGGCUGGGUGUCCCUGGGACGUGUGGACCCUGAGGAAGAGCUGAGUCUCACCUUUGCCUUGAGACAGCGGAACGUGGACAAGCUCUCGGAGCUGGUGCAGGCUGUGUCGGAUCCUGGCUCUCCUCGCUACGGAAAAUACUUAACCCUAGAAGAAGUGGCUGAGCUAAUCCGGCCAUCACCACUAACCCUCCACACCGUCCACAAGUGGCUGUUGGCAGCUGGAGCCCGUGAAUGUGAUUCAGUGACCACACAGGACUUUCUCACUUGCUGGCUGAAAGUUCGACAGGCAGAGCUGCUGCUCUCUGGGGCUGAGUUCCAUCGCUAUGUGGGAGGACCUGCAGGGACCCGUGUUGUAAGGUCCCCACAUCCCUACCAGCUCCCUCAGGCCUUGGCUUCUCAUGUGGACUUUGUGGGGGGACUGCACCGCUUUCCCCCAAUUUCAUCCCUGAGGCAACGCCCUGAGCCACAGGUGGCAGGCACUGUUGGCCUGCACCUGGGAGUGACCCCUUCAGUGAUCCGUAAGCGAUACAACUUGACUGCACAAGAUGUGGGCUCCGGCACCACCAACAACAGUCAGGCCUGUGCCCAGUUUCUGGAGCAGUACUUCCAUGACUCAGACCUGGCCGAAUUCAUGCGCCUCUUUGGUAGCAACUUCCCACACCAAUCAUCAGUAGCCCGAGUGAUCGGAAAACAGGGCAGGGGCAGAGCUGGAAUUGAGGCCAGUCUGGAUGUGGAAUACCUGAUGAGUGCUGGUGCCAACAUCUCCACCUGGGUCUACAGUAGCCCUGGCCGUCAUGAGGGACAGGAACCCUUUCUGCAAUGGCUCCUGCUGCUUAGCAAUGAGUCCACCCUGCCGCACGUGCAUUCCGUGAGCUAUGGAGACGAUGAGGACUCGCUCAGCAGUGCCUAUAUCCAACGGGUCAAUACUGAGUUCAUGAAAGCUGCUGCUCGGGGGCUCACCCUACUUUUUGCCUCAGGUGACAGUGGGGCUGGCUGUUGGUCUGUCUCUGGAAGACACCAGUUCCGACCUAGCUUCCCUGCUUCCAGCCCCUUUGUUACCACAGUGGGAGGCACAUCUUUCCAGAAUCCUUUCCUUGUCACCAAUGAGAUUGUUGAUUACAUCAGUGGUGGUGGCUUCAGCAAUGUGUUUCCACGGCCUUCAUAUCAGGAAGAAGCUGUAACCCAGUUCCUGAACACGAGUCCCCAUCUGCCACCACAAAGUUACUUCAAUGCCAGCGGCCGUGCCUACCCAGAUGUAGCUGCACUUUCUGAUGGCUACUGGGUGGUCAGCAACAGAGUGCCCAUUCCGUGGGUGUCUGGAACUUCGGCCUCCACCCCAGUUUUUGGAGGACUCCUAUCCUUGGUAAAUGAGCACAGACUCCUCAGUGGCCGUCCGCCUCUUGGCUUUCUCAACCCAAGGCUCUACCAGCAGCAUGGGGCAGGACUGUUUGAUGUAACCCAUGGCUGCCAUGAGUCCUGUUUGAAUGAAGAAGUGGAGGGUCAAGGUUUCUGCUCUGGCCCUGGCUGGGAUCCUGUAACAGGCUGGGGAACACCCAACUUUCCAGCUCUGCUGAAAACAUUACUCAACCCUUGACCUGUCCUUGCCCUACAGCUGGUGGCUCAGUCUCUGACAGGGCCCUGGAGGAAGUUCUACCAAGCCCUCAAAUGCUGGCUGCUUCUGCUCAUCUCCCUAACCCUGAAAUGCUGUGAGCUUGACUUGAUUCCCAGCCAUACUCCGACCCAUCAACAUACUCAGGUCUCCCUACUCUUGCCUCAAGUUCUCAAUAAGACACUAUAACCAG